AUGACUUCCUCUCUGGACCAGCUCAAAGCCACCGGCACCACUGUCGUCUGCGACUCUGGCGACUUCAACACAAUCAAGAAGUACCAGCCGCAAGAUGCCACCACCAACCCGUCCCUCAUCCUCGCCGCCUCCAAGAAGCCAGACUACGCUCAGCUGAUGGAUGCUGCCGUCCAAUACGGCAAGUCAAACGGCAAAACCAUCGACGAACAGGUCGACUCCGCUCUCGACAGACUGCUGGUCGAGUUUGGCAAGGAGAUUUUGAAGAUUGUCCCCGGCAAGGUCUCUACUGAGGUCGACGCCCGAUUCUCCUUCGAUACCCAAGCAUCCGUUGAAAAGGCCCGCCACAUCAUCGAGCUAUACAAAUCCAUCGGCAUUGAUAAAUCCCGUGUCCUGAUCAAGAUUGCCUCCACCUGGGAGGGUAUCAAGGCCGCGGAGAUCCUGCAGAAGGAGGGUAUUAACUGCAACCUGACUCUCAUGUUCUCCCUGGUCCAGGCCAUCGCUGCCGCCGAAGCCGGUGCCUUCCUUAUCUCUCCUUUCGUCGGCCGUAUCCUCGACUGGUACAAGGCGGCCAUGAAGAAGGACUUCUCGCCUUCGGAAGACCCCGGUGUCAAGAGUGUCCAGAGCAUCUUCAACUACUACAAGAAGCACGGCUACAAGACCAUCGUCAUGGGUGCCUCGUUCCGCAACGUCGGUGAGAUCACCGAGCUCGCUGGCUGCGACUACCUGACCAUUUCCCCCAACUUGCUCGAGGAGCUGUACAACUCAACCGAGAAGGUCGAGAAGAAGCUGGAUGCCUCUGCGGCUGCCAACUUGGACAUCCCCAAGCGCUCAUACAUCAACGAUGAGCCAACCUUCCGCUUUGACUUCAACGAGGAACAGAUGGCCACUGAGAAGCUCCGUGAAGGUAUCAGCAAGUUCGCCGCCGAUGCUGUCACAUUGAAGGGCAUCCUCCGGGAGAAGAUUGAGAAGGCAUAA